AGCGUUCCUUCACAGUCAACUUCUCACCUCCAAUCCAUCCAACUCCACCUUAAGAAAAGACAGGCUUUUUGAAAAAUUUUGAGAAAUCGAAAGUUUUCGCAGAGACAAAAUGAAGGCUUUCGGAUCCCUGGUCGUGUUGGCUAUUAGCCUUCAGUUGUCGAACGCCCUCUUGUUUGGUAAGGGAUGGGGUGGUGGAUGGGGUGGCGGUCCAGUCAUCUCGGUUGGAGGUGGGUGGGGAGGGGACGGCGGUGAUUUGGGCGGUUAUGGCGGCGGUGGUGGGGGUGGCGAUGGGUGGGGAGAGGCCCCAAAGGUUAUCGAGACGCAUAAGCAUAUCCACAAAGUGCAUCAUUACGAUACCCAUCAACAUCAGGUGAAAAACUUUGACCAUCAUCAACACCAAGUCCAUGAGCAUAACAAGCAGAAGAAGAUCAUCCUCCGAGACCAUUUGCAUAAGCACAAUGUCCACGUGCACACCGUCCACCAGAAGAUCCUUAAGCAACACAACAUCCAUCAGCACAACCUCCACAAGCACAACCUCCACGUUGUCAAGGUCCACGAGCCCGUGAUCCACCAACAUCACAAGACCCAACACAAGGUCAUCCCAUCCGUCCAGGAGGUCACCAAGGUCAUCCCCAUCAACGAAGUCACCCACCAAGUUCACGAGCACCACGAGAAGGCCGCCCCCGUCAUUUUGGAACACAAGGGAUGGGGCGCUCCCGGCGCUGGUGCGGGUGGCGAUGGUGGUUGGGGAUGGGGCGGUGAGGCCGCGGGACCCGCGCUCGUCGCGGAUAUCGGUGGUGAAGGCUGGAAGCGCUAAGGAGUUUUUUUUCUUAGUUUUUUAAUCAAUUUUUUAGUCAAUUUUUCUCAAUUUUCUCACAAGAAACAAACAAACAAGCCAAAGUAUACCUUCUCCAGUUUUUUUUUAGUUUUCCUUAUCUCAGACUGAUUUUAUAACUUUUUUUGUUUUUAUCCUUAGUGGAGAGAGAGCCAGGUAAAAAAAAAUGCGUGGCUCAAGCUUGACUCAUACAUAUUUUCGUGUUGAAUUAACUGGCUGUUAUUAAAAGACAAUCGUAAAUCGAAAUGAA